AUGCUAUUGGGGACUAAGAGUCCUCUUUUAGCGUCCUUUAGUAUAUUUUUGCUAUUUUUCGACGAGCAAAUCAGAUUGAGUGGUUUUGUUGAUGCAGCCGCUUGUAAAGGAUGCGUACCACCGUGUAUAUGCCCUGGACAAAAGGGUGAAAAGGGUGUUCAAGGAUUCCAAGGCCCGCGUGGUCAUCCAGGACCCCCAGGUCUUGACGGACCAGAAGGCCCUCUAGGAGCGCCAGGUCUUCGAGGUUCAGAAGGUGAUUUCGGUGAUCCUGGAGUCAAAGGCAUUCGGGCAAGUGCACCAGGCAAUGUGGGUUUACCGGGUCUUGAUGGAUUACCUGGAAUGAAGGGUGAAAUGGGUAUUCCUGGAUGUAACGGAACAGAUGGUAUGCCGGGUAUUCCAGGUUUAGCCGGUCCGCCAGGUCCACCAGGACCAUCUGGAUCACAAGGUAAUCGUGGAAUGCAAGGACCACCUGGUGAGGGCGGUGUUAAUUCGGCCGGCAGAAAAGGUGAACCUGGAGAGCCUGGUAGAGCAGGUACCUCGGGUGCACGCGGCUUGGAUGGCAUCCCAGGUAUUAAGGGAUCUAAGGGUGAUGUUGGACCACUGGGACCUCCUGGUUUUCCUGGCCCUAGUGGAGCGAAAGGUCGAAUGGGUAUUCGCACACCUGGCAGGAAAGGUGAGAAAGGUCUUGCAGGACCGCCUGGACCCGCUGGACCACCAGGUAAUUUUGCGGGAGCAUCUGCACCAGAAGAAACGGAAGUCAUUCAAGGACCAGCUGGACCUCCAGGAUUAAAAGGUGAAAAAGGACGCGACGGACCGGUUGGACCACCAGGAGCACAGGGCCUUGAUGGUCCACCAGGUUAUAUGGGCCUUAAAGGCGAAAAAGGUGAUCCUGGAGAUGUAGGACCAAGGGGUAAACGUGGUAAAGAUGGAGCAGUGGGAUUGAGUGGAGCAAAAGGUGACAUCGGUACACGAGGUGUACCUGGCCUUGAUGGCUAUGCGGGUCAGAAAGGUGCCGCUGGUGAAUUGGGUUACUCGGGAAGGCCUGGUUUAGAAGGUGAUCCAGGACCACCUGGAGAAUACGGUAGUGGCCAUGGAGCGCCUGGACCACGAGGCCCUCAAGGAAUAGAUGGACCACGUGGACCGAAGGGAGUAGCCGGAAAAUCUGGUGGCAUGGGCCCAGUAGGUCCAAGAGGUCAUGUCGGUGCACCUGGCCUCCCAGGAUCUCCAGGUGAGCAGGGAUCACCAGGUUUCACUGAGAAGGGAGAUCGUGGAGAUGACGGCAAUCCAGGAUACGCGGGUGAAGCCGGACCUACUGGCCCGGCAGGACCCUGUGGAAAGCGUGGCGAACAAGGUCUACCCGGAUUUGACAUCCAAGGUCCGCCAGGAAAUGAUGGAAGACCGGGUAGAGAUGGCUACCCAGGUGUUCCUGGAGAUAUUGGUGAUCCUGGUAUGGCAGGUUUGAAGGGUUUCCCAGGAACUGGCGUCAAGAAAGUAGGUCCUCCUGGCCAAAUGGGUUUGAUUGGACCUGCGGGUGAAAAUGGUCGAAUUGGUCUCGAUGGCAGACCUGGUCCACCUGGUUUCCCUGGUCAGAGAGGUGAAGAUUGUGGCUACUGUCCAAAUGGUGUGCCGGGAGUGAAAGGUGAAGCUGGAGUACCUGGCCCUGACGGAUAUCCUGGACCUCCGGGACCGAACGGGAACAUGGGCGUACGUGGUGCGAAGGGCAUGAUGGGUAAACCUGGCCUGCCUGGAACCGAUGGCAUAAUGGGUUCUGCUGGACUUCCUGGGUUGCCUGGAUACCCAGGAUUGAAAGGUGAAGCUGGUGAAAUCAUUGGACCAAUGGAAAAUCCUCGAGGAUACUCGGGUUUGAAGGGCGAACGCGGAGAACCAGGAGGAGUCGGAUUACCGGGAUUACCUGGUCCCGAUGGAAAAGAAGGUCUCCGUGGACCACCUGGAUUGUCGGGAUUCCCGGGAGAAAAGGGUUUACCAGGUCUUGACGGAAAGCGAGGUCGAGAUGGCCUGAUUGGACGUCCAGGAAUGCCGGGUCCACCGGGAGACUCAUUCCCCGGCCCACCUGGACCUUCAGGAGGCAAAGGAGAACAUGGAGAAGAUGGACUGCCUGGAUUACCAGGUCCUCAGGGUCCUCAAGGACCAGUUUUCAGUGGCCUCAUCAAGCAAAUACCUGGCCGAGAUGGUUAUGAUGGAGCUCCAGGCUUGCCCGGUCUGCAAGGAGCGAAUGGGUUAGAUGGACUUCCAGGAUUACCAGGUAUUGAUGGAAUGCCUGGCCUCAAAGGAGAGCGAGGUGCAGAUGGUUUGGCGGGUGUACCUGGAAUGGAUGGGUCACCCGGUUUACCGGGAAUGCCUGGAGAGGAUGGUUUCCCUGGACUUGAAGGCUUACGAGGUGAAGUGGGAGACGUGGGUGCAUCUGGUUUGCCAGGUCUUCCGGGUCUCACUGGUGAGCCUGGAUUCGGCAUGCCUGGAAUUGCGGGACUACCGGGACAACAAGGUGAAGACGGUUUGCCUGGAUUAGCUGGUGCAGAGGGAAUUCCCGGUCGACAAGGUGCACGAGGGAUUCCAGGACUCAAAGGCCAACCAGGCGAAGCAGGCUUUCCAGGCCUACCGGGAAUUCCUGGGCUCAAGGGUGAAACCGGGUUACGUGGACUCGAUGGAAAGGACGGGCGACAAGGACGACAGGGAGAACCAGGAUUGCCGGGUAUUCCAGGACUGAAAGGAGAGGCAGGCUCACCAGGACAAGAUGGACUGCCAGGUCUUAAAGGUGAACGAGGGCUUGAUGGCUUGCCUGGCCUUUCAGGGCCAACUGGUCCACCAGGACCGCCAGGCUUAGAUGGUGAGGAUGGAACAGUCGGUUUCCCUGGUCUUCGCGGUCAACCUGGUGAGAACGGUGCUCCAGGGCUCGAUGGUUACCCGGGUGCACGAGGAGAGCCAGGUUUAGAUGGAUUCCCUGGUGAGCCUGGUGCUCAGGGUGAGCCAGGACUACCGGGACGGAAUGGACUCGACGGAUUGCCCGGAUUGCAAGGAAUGCCUGGUGAUAGCGGUUUACCAGGUGCUCGUGGUCGUCCAGGAGAGCCAGGACGUAGUGCACAUCACGGACUUCGUGGAGAUCCCGGAUUCCCAGGUCCUGUUGGUCCACCUGGUCUGCCAGGAAUUGAUGGUCUACCUGGCAUGAAAGGUGCUAGAGGCGAACCUGGACAUGGAUUCCCCGGUCUUCCAGGCCAAAAGGGUGAAUACGGGGAGGCUGGACUCGACGGACCAGACGGUAUCGAUGGAUACAUUGGUUUACCGGGAAUGAUUGGAAUUCCAGGUCAAAAGGGUCAACCCGGAGAGCCUGGAAGAGGUGGAGAACGUGGUAUGGAUGGUCGACCAGGAAUUCCAGGCAUGAAAGGUGAACAUGGUUUGGAUGGUCUACCUGGACUACCUGGAAUGCAAGGAGCGCCCGGAUUUGAUGGCCCUCAAGGUCCUAAAGGGCAGCGAGGUGCACCAGGUGACGGUGGUUUCAGUGGUAGAGGUGGUAUGCCUGGUUUACCAGGAAUCAAAGGAGAGCAAGGCUUAUCAGGACUGCCAGGUAUGCCAGGAGAAGCUGGCAUGGUUGGAAUGAUUGGUGAUGCUGGCAUGCCGGGACUACCGGGAAUGAAAGGUGAACCAGGUUGGCCAGGUAGAGCGGGAGUUGUUGGAGAAGUUGGAGAACCCGGUGUGCUCGGAUUCCCAGGUGUACCCGGUCUUGACGGAAUCCCUGGACAGCGUGGAGAACGUGGUGAUGAUGGCCUUCCAGGGUUGCCUGGCAUGGAUGGAAUACCCAUCCAAGGUCCAGAAGGUGAUGCUGGUUACCCAGGAAGAGAUGGCAAAGAUGGUUUACCGGGAUUGCCAGGCUUGCGAGGUGAAGAUGGUUUGCCUGGUCUUCCUGGACUGCCGGGCGAGCGUGGAGCACCUGGUCUGCCAGGAUUUCCGGGCGAGCGAGGCCUUCGCGGACUUGAUGGAAAACGAGGUUCUGACGGGGCACCAGGUCUUCCGGGCGCACCUGGCUUGGAUGGGUAUCCUGGUGCACAAGGUGAACGAGGCGCUGAAGGUCUUCCUGGACUGCCAGGAAUAGAUGGACGGCCUGGUUAUGUAGGUGAGCGCGGUGCAACUGGUUUACCAGGUGUGCCUGGCAUGCGUGGUGAGGAUGGACUACCAGGAUUGCCUGGCUUGCCGGGUAUGAAAGGUGCUCAUGGAGACAGCGGACUACCGGGUAUGCCUGGUCUUCCGGGUCUAAUGGGCCCCCGUGGUCCACCGGGUUUACCUGGUCUGCCAGCUGUUUACAAUCAGCAGUUGCAUUCACCAAAGGGUGAACCUGGUGAUAUGGGACCACCGGGACCAAAGGGUUAUCCUGGCGACACUGGAAAUCCAGGUCUGCAAGGUCCUCCUGGUCCAGCUGGUUUACCUGGUCGCGCCGGAGUACCGGGCAGUCCAGGUCUCCCAGGAAUACCCGGAGUGAAGGGUCAAAUGGGCGUGAAUGGACCACCAGGUGUUGGCGGACGAGUUGGUCACCCUGGUCCACCUGGCCAAGCCGGUUAUCAAGGACCAAUUGGAGCACCAGCACCACCUCGCGGUUUCACGUUCACUCGUCACUCACAAACCACUCUAUUACCGCAAUGUCCUGCUGGCUCACAAAUGCUCUGGACUGGCUAUUCGUUGUUGUAUGUGCAAGGAAAUGGGCGAACAAGUGGACAAGAUCUUGGUCAACCCGGUUCAUGUCUAUCGAAGUUCAGCACUAUGCCAUUUAUGUUCUGCAAUUUGAACAGUGUCUGUCACGUAUCGAGCCGUAACGAUUAUUCAUUCUGGUUGGCAACUGCAGAACCAAUGACUCAAAUGAUGAAUCCGGUGUCAGGCACAGCCAUCCGUCCGUACAUAUCCAGAUGCGCAGUUUGUGAGAUUCCAACCCAGGUGAUGGCUGUACAUUCGCAAGACUCGUAUGUUCCACAAUGUCCACGUGGAUGGUCAGCACUCUACUCAGGAUAUUCAUUUGUUAUGCAUACGGCAGCUGGUGCUGAGGGUACAGGUCAAAGUUUGGAAUCACCGGGAAGUUGCUUAGAGGAAUUUAGAGCUGUACCGUUCAUUGAGUGUCAUGGAAGAGGAACAUGCAAUCACUAUGCUACUAACCAUGGAUUCUGGCUUGCCAUCGUCGAAAGGAACAAACAGUGGAGGAAGCCAAUGUCACAAACACUGAAGGCUGGCGGUCUGAAAGAUAGAGUUAGUCGAUGUGCAGUAUGUCUCAAGAAUAAAUGAGUCAAUAACUCGGUACAUUUACCUGGAACAGAUCAGUUGUAAAUGAAGAAUCAAUACUGCUUACAACACGCUAGAUGCACACCAAAAUUGAUUCGACUAUUGCUUUCAGUACUCGAAUUAACAGCUAUAAUAAAUGUGUUUGAAACAUUGCUACGAUAAAUGGACUGCCGUUUAUUGCCCUCAUUUUAUUUGAUAUUUUCAGUUGAAAUUUUGAAACUUAAUAAAUCAUUGAUAUUUUGUAUUUGGUUGAUUUUUACGAUCAAUUCUACAAAAAGAGUAUUGUUUUGUUGUUAUAUGUGCCAAUCAUGUUCUAAUGCUGCCAUAAAUAAAU